AUGUACCAGGAAAGUUCCAGGCGAGAUACUGAAGCCCGGAACGGGUGCGUGACGCGGGCGCCCGGGGCCGCGCGGUCGGCGCGUAAUUUGCAGCCCCGUUUGGGAGAAGGGCCCUUGGGCAGCGGGCUUCCUAACGCCCUCCCGACGGAGCCUGCGCCAGCUGCAGGUGCUCUUACCUGUCGCAGAAGAGAAAGUCACCCCGAGCUUUCUCUCUUCAGGGUUGAGAUCUGCCUUGAAAUCGGGUCCGGAUCUGGUGUGGUUUCAGCAUUUCUGGCUUCUUCCGUUAUCGGAUCCGGUGCACUGUACAUAUGUACGGAUAUCAACCCGGUGGCAGCUUACUGUACGCAGGAGACAGCCCUGCUUAACAACGUUCAGCUUCAGCCAGUCAUUACUGACUUGGUCAAAGGACUGUCUCCAAGAUUAAACGGGAAGGUUGAUCUACUUCUAUUUAAUCCACCAUACGUGGUAACACCUUCUGAAGAGGUGGAAAGCCAUGGAAUAGAGGCAUCCUGGGCUGGUGGCAAAAAGGGCAGGGAAGUAAUGGACAGAGUUUUUCCGUUAGUACCAGACCUACUUUCACCAGGAGGAUUAUUCUACUUGGUCACAAUUAAAGAAAAUAAUCCAGAUGAAAUUCUGGAAACAAUGAAGAAAUGUGGCUUAGAAGGCACACGAGUACUUUCCAGGCAAGCAGGACAAGAGAUGCUUACUGUUCUCAAAUUUAAGAAGUCUCAAUAACUGCUCUUAACCUUCCAGACCCAAGGCGUGCAGAAAGCCAAACGCAGAGUACUGCAAUUGAAAAUCUUGGCUUAAAAAUUGAUUUGACACCUCCUAAGGUGUAUCCUCACUUCCCGAUCACUGCAGUGAAACUAGUCAAGACUCUCUAUUUUUAUUCUGGAUGCUAACCAGCUGUUACCCGUUGUCAGAGGUACGGUUGUCCUCUGGCUAUCUGCAGGACAGUUGUGAGGGAACUGUGAAAUACCCUACCUUUAAAGACCUGUUCCUCUAUAAAUAGGUAUUUGUAUAUUUGUCAUUGUGGCUUAUUAAAGUAACAUACUUGAUGUAAUUCUUCCUGUUUCAAUAGCUAGUCUGCCUAUGCUGGGUUUAAAUUAAUAUUUGGAAUCAGUGUUAUUCAUUUUGAUGCAGUAUCGGGCACUCUUACAGGUUUAAGGGGCAAUUACUGACUUUGUUUCUAUAGUAAGGAAAGUACUUCUGAACAGCAAGAUGGAGUAAGCGUAUCUCAAGAGCCAGGACAACAGCAAGCUAUUACUCUGCUGAGGUCUUCUGGGCAAAAUAUUGCAGUGACUGCGCUUCCUUUUAUGCCAUUUUAUAAGGAGGGUUACUGCUAUGGAGACGUAGAUUAGAUGAAGAGUUCUCAUCCACGAAAGGGUAUUAAGGUGGGGAGGGAAAGCAGAUGCUAUUAAGAAGGCUAGGGAGCUGAAAACAAUGACUAAUAGAGAAGUGCAACAAAAGUCCUACCUCAAAAUCACUAUCCAAAAUAGGAAGUUACUUCUGGACCACCAGCCCCUGAUGAAGAGCUUGCCUCUGCCGCUUCUGCCCGCUCCCAGUGCCCACAGAAGGCUCUAGUGCAGCGUCGUCCCAGCAGCCUUACAAGACCUGUGCUGUGCAUCGGGCACAGUCCUGCGAGGAAGGUGGUUUGCUCACUCACAGCACAAAGGUAGAGACUGCUCAGGUCUGCAGCACCACUAGUGCUGUCUGAGAGAAUGCUUUCAAAGAAACUGACCUUUAAGGGUGUGCGGCAACAGAAACUUUAAGUGAUGUUACGAUGACCCAUCAACUAGUUCUUUUAGGGGGACUAAGGUCCAAGCAUUUUGUUUAUUUUACAUCCCAAGUUACCAUGCCCCAGCUUAGACUACUGAAAAGCAACACGGCAAUUUAAUUCAACAAUUCAAACACAGGUAAUACAUCCCCUUCGGUAACUUUCCUGUCAAUUUGUUUUUAUAUAGAUAAACAUGAACGCAAAUGCGCAGUAGGAGGGUUUAGAGGGAAGCCUUGGUCGUGUUAAGGAUAUUAAUUGACAUUUAUGCUAUACACAAGAAAUUCUAGCACUUGAAACUACUGAGUCUAAAAAACCGCGUUUUGUUGACCGAAGUGAGGCCAGGCUCAGGACUGUGCUGAUUCUUACCUUCUGCAUAACUUGUCUAAGGAAUGUCAAAGGUGAGAAACCGAGAGGAAACUUUGUGGCCAUCUAUGAAAUAACAUGUUUCCACAGUUUGCCAUUGAAGAAUUUAAGCAAAGGUUUGUUCUUGCAGCUUACCACAGGCCAGUUCCAAUUCAACUGCCUCCUACUUCUAGAACCAUUUUGACUUGAUGGCAAAGCCACACUUUUUUUUUUUUUUUUGGUUCAGUUUUCCCUUACCAAACUGUAAGGAAAGGAGGUUUUAUGCUUAGUGAUUUUGCUUUUGUAUAGAGGCAUGGUUUUUGAGGUUAUAAUUACAGCCGUAGAGCUGUCUAAGUGAACCAAAAUGCUGUCAUCCUUAGACUGCUCUAGUUUUAUGUUAACCGCUUUCACUAACAAAGUUAGGUUGCUGAGCAAGAGUCACAACAUCAAAAGACAAUUUAAAGAUGUAGUCAAAACACGUAUUAGAAUCCAACUACAAGUUUAACAAAAGGAAUUUUUAGUUAAUCUGGCUUUUUAGUUAUAACUGAAGAAUUAGUUUCAAAAGAGGUAAUCAAAGAUAAAAAAGAGCAGUCAUCUGGCACAGUAGAUCACAAUACUCAGCAGUGUAUGCAGUUUUAAAUCAUAAAGGACAGAAUGAUGAAAAUCAGAAGAUCAGAACAGAAAGUGUCAUAAAACAUAACAUGCUUUCAACAAAAAAAUGAUUGCACUGGACUGUUGAACAGCUGGAUAUUUGGACAAGAAAAUACAUGUCCACUUCAGUAAAUCAUGAGCCAGUUCCCUUGGCUGCACUGUAUUGUUGUCUGCUGCAACUUUAGUGGAAACACUCGUCAAAAUGCAAUCCAAGUAAGAACACAGGUGAGUUCUGCAAGAACUGAUUCCUAUUAUGCUACCAUUGUCCUGGUGGAGACUGGGAACUAGUGACAGGCUGGGUAAACUACUUUUUUUUUUUUUCUUUCCCUUCAUUUUGAAACUUGCUGUGUCUACACAGAGGUCUGCACCUACAUUUGGUAUUUGCUGGGACACACCUAUUCCCUCCUUGUAGAAGACCAAAGAACACAACACUGUUUCUAGAAUGUUUGGGAGGGACAUGAAAAUAAGCCACAUGGUAGAUAACAGAGUUCUAUGUAGUGUCAAACUUAGAAAGAAAGCAGCAAAAAUCGUGCUCCCCCAGACCUCUAGGCACUGCCCUGCCAGCAAGUACCAGUGUCAAAAGAGACACUGCUGCUUUGCCAGCACCUGCGCUUCUUUGUUCUAACAGAACCAAGGCAAAAGCUCUCCCCAGGCUGUUCCUAACAGACAAUUUGCAAGUUAGGGUCUGCUAGAAGAGGUUAAGAUGUCUCUUUUCAAGCAAUACCUGGUUAACCACAAUAGCCUUCAGAUCAGUUACGGAACUUGCAAAUAAGUAAUUUAGAAUAACCAGUCUUGUCUGAAACAAAGUGAUGGAAUGGAGACAAUCCUGGAAGUUUAGUAUCUGUAAUUAUGAAAACAAUACAGUUUGCUCCUUAAUCUGUGUUUUCAGCUAGACCUUUUCAAUACCAGUUUUAAAAUCCUUUCCUUUCUCAAAACAUGUUAAGGAAGUUUCUCUUCUGGAAGCCCAGUUACCUGUUAAAAAUGUAGACUUAAGUUAUCAACAGCUAAAAAUCAUUUCUAGAGCUGCCACCCCAAAAGGGACCAACUUUAAGAAAACUUACAGGAUUUAAAAAAAAAAAAAAAAAAGCGCGUUGUUGAGGUACAGCCAACUGAGUAU